AUUAUGUUGUAAAUGUACAGUAUAUAUUGGACUGGCAGCGCUCACUUAAAGUCAUCUUUACUUUAGACUCACAAAGCAUUGCUGAGUGGAGAUUGAUAACAGAAUGACUCUUCGCUUGUUCGUUGUUUUACUGCUGAUUACUGUUAGUCUCGUUGCUGGAGCUAAUGUCACAGACAAUGAGCAAGAAAGCAACGAAUCCGAGGAAAUCCAGACAACUGCAAUACAGGAUUUAAACAAUGCCACAAGUGUGGAAACAGAACUAGAAAGAAAUAAGAAAUCUCUGCCAGCAGUGCUAAGGGGUUUAGUCUCUGUAUUUUGUCUUUCUUUUUCUCGACUUCCCGGACGAAGCGUCCGCAGUGAUCUUGAUCUCCACGAACAGCUUGAGAUUCGAGCCGAGAAAAGAGCCGCGCCCAUUAUUGUCGCUGCCCGACUUCUCUGCGCUGCCAACACUCUCAACAACGUGAGAAACUUUUGCAGGUCUCUCACUUCUGGUAAAAGAGACAUCCUGCAUCCCGAGGACGUUGUUGACGGAGAGGAGCCAGCACAUCAACCACAAAAAAGAAUUGGGAAUAUAUUGCUGAAUCUUGCUCGACCUGUGUGUGAUUGGUUACGGCGUCAUGGGAGAGACACUGACAAUGCGGAAGACCUCUACUCGGGCACUGAACAUGAAGUCGAUAGAAGAGAUUUAGGAGAGACUUGGAACUUUUAGGCCUAUCAAUAUCUCACUGUUUCGUGUAGAGACAUCUUUAAGUUUUAUUAAAAUGUAUCCUGACAAGAUUUGCGCAGAGCAGAAUAAUAAUAAUAGGUUUAACUUUAAAAUUAAUUUUAUACCCAAUCAUAGUUCAAAAAUAUAUAUAAUUUCCUAUAAAAUAUAAUGUAUGUGAGAAUACCUUG